AUGUUGGCAAAAUCGAUCAGAAGGGAAGCUUUAGCCGAAUUUCUUGGCACGUUCAUGUUGAUGGCGCUAAGUGACGGUGCGAAUGCCCAGUUGGUGUUAAGUGGUGGGACCCAAGGAUCUGCUCUUUCUGUCCACAUUUCUCAGGGGAUCGGUGUGAUGAUGGGUGUGUACAUAUCUGGAGGGGUAUCAGGUGGGCAUAUAAACCCAGCAGUGACCGUAGCACAAGCUGUCAGAGGGAGACUGGCCUGGACUAAAGUUCCGUUCUAUUUGGCAGGACAAUACGGAGGAAGUUUCCUUGCCUCUGUGUUACUGUAUCUCGUUUAUAACGAUGCCCUGUAUCACUAUGACGACGGCGUUCGAUCCACAACUGGACUGACCAGUACUGCUAGAAUAUGGGCGACAUAUCCACAGACUUUCCUAUCUGUCACCAAUGGCAUGGUGGAUCAGAUAUUUGGCUCUGCAAUCUUACUGAUAUGUGUGUCUGCAUUGUCAGAUAAAAAUAACUUAAAUCCGCCUUCUGGACUGAUACCUGUGUGUACCGGACUUCUUGUCUUCGUUAUAAACUCCACUUUCUGUUUUAACUGCGGUUGUGCAGUGAACCCAGCCCGUGACUUAUCACCUAGAUUGUUUACCGCAAUGGCUGGCUGGGGAAGUCAACCUUUUAGUUAUAAUGGUUACUCCUACUUUUGGAUACCAGUCCUCGGGCCUCACAUAGGAGCUGUUCUUGGUACCGUUGUGUAUGACCUCUGUAUUGGUUUUCAUUGGCCAGAUGAUGACAGAGAAAAUAUUGAUCAGAACUCUGUUUGGAUUCCACGAAAAUAUCACAACAUCAAACAGAAACAAAGCUACAAAGACAAAUGCGGUGAUCUUGACCAUCUCUUAGAAACUUCUGUAUGA